UUGUACUGAAAUAAUGAAGAAUUUGACUACUAUCGCGCUUCUGGUAGUGGUGUUGACAGUCUGUAUCUAUGCGGCGCCAAGUGGUAAGAGCAGCGGUGGAAAAGGUGAUGGCGGCAAGGGCGGUGGCGGCAAUGGUGGCAGCAACUCUAGCAGCAGCAGCGAAAGUAACAGCAGUGAGAGCAAAGAGGACGGCAAGGGAGGUGGUAACAGUGGCAAGAACAACGGUGGCAGCAACAACUCCGGCAAGGACAGUGGCAAGAAUAAUCUCAAGGAAUACGGAAAAGCCUUCGGAUGGUCGGGGAAAAAGCGAUAGACAUAACGAUAAUUUUGCGGUUUUCAUCAUAUAAUUUAUUAUUUAAUUAGCUCACGGGGUAUGGAAAUGUUAUUGAAGUGCACAGUAUUUAAAAAUAAAUGAAGUCAAUAAAG